AUUUUAUUGCUAGAAUUUUUAAGAGCACUUAGUUUUAGAAACAAAGAGUGGUCCUAAAGAACGAAUUGCAAAAAGCAAGAAUACAAAAAUGAAUUACACUAUAGGAGAAUAUUAUAGUAAUAGUACAGUGCCAUGGUUGUAUGCUAUCAACUAUGAAGAUGCCAAUUGGGUCAUUACCAGUUCUUUUAUGAUAUUUACAAUGCAAACUGGAUUCGGUAUGCUGGAAUCAGGAUGCGUGUCUAUUAAGAACGAAGUAAAUAUAAUGAUGAAGAAUGUUGUUGACAUUGUCUUAGGAGGAUUGACAUACUGGAUGUUCGGUUACGCUUUAUCCUUUGGCAGAAGCGAACUGAAUAACGGGUUUAUAGCGCUAGGCGACUUUUUUGUAGAUCCUUCGCUGAAAGAUCCUUUAAAAGGAGCCAUGUAUGCCGCAUUUUUAUUCCAGCUGUCCUUCGCAACGACAGCGACCACCAUAGUUAGUGGUGCGAUGGCAGAAAGGUGUGAUUUUAAAGCUUACUGCAUCUUCAGUUUUUUAAAUACUGCUAUAUAUUGUAUUCCUGCUGGUUGGAUGUGGGGAGAGCAUGGUUUUUUGAGAAAACUAGGUGCUGUCGAUAUUGCUGGAUCUGGAGCUGUUCAUCUAAUCGGUGGAAGUGCAGCUUUUGCAAGUGCUGUGAUGCUAGGACCUCGUCUAGGAAGAUACGAUAAUGGUAUCACACCUCUUCCUCUGGGAAAUCCUGUCAAUGCUGUUAUGGGUUUGUUCGUCUUGUGGUGGGGAUGGUUAGCUUUUAAUUCAGGUAGCACUUAUGGACUAAGUGGAGAGAAAUGGGAAUAUGCCGCCAGAGCAGCAGUCAUGACUAUGAUUUCAACGUUUGGUGGUGGUACCGUUAGUAUAUUUUAUACAAUGAUCAAGCUAAAAGGAAAAAUCGAUACAAUUGAUAUUAUUAAUGGAAUUUUAGGAUCAUUGGUGUCGGUUACGGCUGGAUGCUUCUUAUAUUGUGGCUGGGAAGCUCUGGUCGUUGGGAUAGUUGGUGCUCUUCUAGUGUGUAGCUCGAUGCCUCUAUUUGAUAUGAUUGGUGUAGAUGAUCCUGUUGGUGCUAGUUCGGUUCAUGGUGUUGCAGGCAUUUGGGGUAAAACUGUAAAUUCAUUUAAUUACUUGAAACCUUUUAAAAAUGAAUAUUUCAUUAAUAAAAAAAGGUCUCUAACCUCUAAAGAGCUUGAAGACAUAGCUUUGCAUAUAAACGAAUAUAAGGACGACUCAGAUUUUGAAGAGCCUUAUCAAGACUCUGGGUCCGAAUAUGAACCAGAAAAUUCAUCUUCUGAAAGUGAUUUGGAAGUACCUGCACGAAAACGCAAAAAGAAUUCUCCAAUACAUAACAGUGAGUUACCCAGUACCUCCAGCAUCGAAAAAUUUGCUGAAGUCGAAAUUCCUAAUAUUAUAAACCUAGAAUCGGAGGUAGUACCAGAGCUCGAUGUGGAACCACAACCCGAAGUAGAACUGGGACAUGAGACAGAAGCUGAAACUAAACAACUGGGCGAGCCGCCGAUUGAUACAAGGGGAAAGCAUACCAAUAGACCUCAUAAGAUGUCUCAACAAACCCGUAAGUUAUUAUUGCAGUUUUUUGGCUCCUUAAAGGGACGAAAAGCGCACUACAGCUUGAAGGACUCUAACAGAGUAUACCUCCCGGAAGAUAUGAAUGUCGGAGUGUCCAGAGCAGUAUCGGCAUUCCGCACAGUACUCGAUACAAAACAAAUAGACGGAUUAAAUACUGUGGGUGUUAAUCCAGAGCACCACAAACACGUGGACGCUGUGAAGACCCUGGCCAGAAUGAAGAGGUAUAGACUCUCGAGGAUUCUGAAAGAUAUAACGAAAAACAGAAAUUUCGGGAUAAACGUGGCCAAAAAACUGAUUCCUAAAAGAAACUACAGGGAUAGACAAAACCCACGACACAUGGUAGCUACGAUGACCGCUACGAUAUCCCAAGAGGAAAAUGGUCUGAAAAGUCAAAUGGCUUGGGUUAACUGAAUAUACUAA